AUGCCCGCUGCCGCCGACGGCCUCAUUUCGGCCCUGGAAAACAACUUCACCACCGUCGAUCUGGCGCUGAAAGACCUGGACGACGACGAACUGCUCCGCAUUCCGGCCGACGACUGCAACUCGGUGGCCUGGAUCCUGUGGCACCUGUCCCGGGUGAUGGAUUCGUUCAUUAACACCCGGCUGAGGGACCUGCCGCAGAUCUGGGACACGAACAACUGGGAGCAGCACUACGGGAUGCCGGCGGACGGCGAGAACCGGGGGCUGGGCUGGACGCACCAGAUGGUCUGCGACUGGCAACCGCCGUCACGGGCCUUGCAGAUGGAGUACUUCGAGCAGGUGCGCUCGGCGCUGCGGCAAUACCUGCCGGGACUGACGGAAGCCCAGAUGCAGCAGGCGAAGAUCAUCCCGCCGGUGUCGGAACCGCGCACGGUGGCGGCGGCAUUGGGUCAGAUGACCUGGGACUGCGUCUCCCACGGCGGGCAGAUCGCCUUCCUGCGCGGGAUGUACAAGGGAAUGGGCUGGCACCGGUAG